CGAUGGAGUAACAAGCUCCCCACAUGCUCCGUCCCGUUAGCUGCAGGCUGGGGUAGAUAACCGCGCAGAUCCCCCCACCAUUAUGUACCAAACACUCGCCUCACCCCUCCUCAUUGCUUGAUAACUUGCAGAAUGCUCUACAUGCCCCAAGGAAAUGCUCACGAAAAUCGAUCUCACACCGGCAAACCGACCACAGCUACUCCCCGAUGAAACUCUCCUCUUUGUCCAAAACUCUGUGGGCUUAUAUGAGGGAAAAUACAAGAUCCUCAACUACCAGAACGGCUUCGCGUACCUCACCUCGCAUCGUGCCUGCUACGUCGAUAACGAUGAUCCGCGCAAGUACUCGAUAGCCGUAGAGUUGAAAGAGGUGGAUCGGAUUGAACCUUAUGCAGGAUUCCUUAAAUCCUCUCCGAAAAUCACACUUUACCUACAGCCUUCGGCGAACAUCGGCGGCGGGAGUAAAUCGUCACCUCUUGGCUCCUCGCGCGCAAGCCCCCGCUCCUCCACCCCCCUCAUACGUGCUGCGUCCCCACCGCCGCCAGUGACAGGCGUCUGGAUCUGCACCAUCUGCUCGUUCUCGAACCCGAUACCCUUGAAUUACGUCCCCGGCGAGUCAUCGGCCGCUUCUAUUCCGCCCUGUCUAACCUGUGGGAUACGGCCUCAGCCAUCGCAUCUCGAUAGCAGUCUGCAAACGCAGCCUCGGCCGUCUCCAGCAGCAGCAACGACGGCCGCGCCAGAUUCUGGUCUCGCCUGUCCAAGGUGUACAUUCCACAACCACCCCUCCCUCCACAUCUGCGAGCUCUGCGGCGAGUCACUACAGACGAUUGCGAUCCCGGUGCCGCGCGCGCUCGCAAUCGCGCAACCCACACCAUCGCGCACCUCCUCCCCGGCGCCCGUCGACGUGCCAAUAAUCAAAUUCUCCUUCCGGGCCGGCGGCUCGACAGCCUUCCUCACGCACCUCAAGUCCGCGCUGAUCCAGCGGAAAUGGCUCCUCUCGACCGCGCCGCCAGUGCCGCGCCCACCCUCGCCCUCGGGGACAACAAAGCGCGUCGGCAUCGGCGGCCUCGAGCGGAAAACACUCUCCCAAACCCGCCAGAAUGAAAUGGUCCUUGGUAGUGCGUUCGAAGACCUCGAGUCGCUCAAGGCCGCCGCGAAGGAGGUCAUCGCCCUCGCCGAAUCGUUCGCGCGUCUCCCGGGAAAUGCGGGCGUCGAGGCUAUUGGCGGCGGCGCGGCGCAGGCGCUCGGGUUGGUCAGUAGGGAUAUGUUCUCCAACACCUCCUCGGCCGGCGACAAGGCGUGGAUCGAUGAGCUCUCGCGACAGGUCGCAGAGUUCCUGGCCGAUGAUGCAAGAGGCGUGUUGAAGAAGGAGGGCGGGGUUAUCACGCUGGUCGACCUUUGGGCGCUUUAUAAUCGGGUCAGAGGUAUUGAUCUCAUUUCACCGCAAGAUCUGCAGAAGGCCACUACAAGGUUUGAGGCGUUGAGAUUACCGGUGAGGACUAGGACAUUCAAGAGUGGGCUCGUGGUGGUCCAAGAUGUGGGCAGGAGGGACGAUGAGACGGUUAGGAGGAUAGUUGAGUGGAUUGCUGCUGAUGGGAGUGGACGCUGGGGGAGAGGUGUUACGGCUGGUGAGGCGGCCGACAGGUUUGGAUGGAGUUUGAGGGUCGCGAGUGAAGAGCUAGAGAUGGCGGAGGAGCGGGGGGCACUGUGUAGAGAGGUCGGUAUUGAGGGUGUGAGAUUCUGGGGGAACUGGUUUGUCGAAGAUACUUCUGCGGUGGCGGAUUUGGAGACACGGGUUAGGGAGACUACAGUUCAGACGUUCUAGAUCGAGGAAAUCAUGGAGUCAAGACGUUUUCAUUA